AUGGGCCUACCUCACAAGCCUGUUCAAAUCCUUCUGGAUGGUGUCCCUUCCCUCCAGCUCAUCAACCAGACGGCACAGCUUGGUGUCAUCUACAAACUUGAUGAGGGUGCACUCAAUCCUACCGUCUGUUUCUGUGACAUUCACUUCUCUUGUGUUUGCAAAGCACAGGUGCUCAUUCAGAAGCUGCCAUCUGCAGAGAGCUUGAGGAAACGAUACAUUGAAAGUGAACUAGAAGCUGCAAAAAGAUGGUCUCACAAAUGGGGAUUCUUGAUGACAGCUCUUGAGGAGUUGAUUGGAGAUGAAAAGAAAGAAAAUACAAAGCCCAAGAUAGAGCUUCCAGAACAUCUGCAGGUUCGACCUGUGACACCUGUGGAAAAAUACAUUAAGGUGUUUCCAUCUCCUCCAGUACCUAAGACUACCCAGGGUUUUAUUGGCUGGAGAUCAGCUGUUCCAGAGUUGGCACUUGAGCGUGGAUUUCAAAUCCAGAGCUGCAAAGGUGCCUUUUCUAAGGAUCUGAAGUGGCCAUCUGAGCCCUCUGACUGA